AUGUCAAAUAUAGAAGCAGGCUCUGCCAGCUUACCAGAUUCUAACCCUUCGGUUAAUAAGGAUGAAAAAGAGUUAAAAAGUACAGAAGAGAAUUUAGAGCAAGAAUCCAAACCUGAUAUUAAUAAACCACCAAUAAAGAAGAUCAAAGCAGAUGAUAGUAUCGACAUAUCAGAUUCGUUUUCAAGAAGAGAGAAUAAGGAUAAUAAUAAUUCUAUAUCUUCAGUAUAUAAUGAUGAGAAUAAAAAGACUCCAGCAUGGAUGAAGAGCAAGACAACUGAUAAGUAUGAUAAAUAUGGUUCUAGAUCUACCCCAAUUGCAGCGCCAACUGCUCCCGUGAACAACCCCGAUGAAAGAUACUCCAAAUAUAUGACUGGAUCUCUCAAUUCGAAUGAUAGAGUAAGAAGACCCCCUACAGAGACGACUGUUAAUCGUUACGAUAAGAAGCGAGCACAUGAAGAAGUUGAUGAUGAUGUAGCUCCGUACAGUAAUCUCGCAGUUGCGAAUCCAUCUUCAAAUUUAUACCAAACCUUUCAAAGCCAUAUAAACAAUAAGGAAAGCAAGGACAUAAACAGUAUCGUUAGAUCUCAUUAUAAUCAAAGAACACAACAAUCUAAAUUUCAGGGGUCUAGAACUAAGUCGCCCAUCUACAAGUUAAGAAACUUCAAUAAUGCUAUUAAAUAUAUCCUUUUGGGUAAUUGGGUCAAGCACAAUCCGGACCCCAACCGCCCGACAGUUAUACUUGAUUUGUGCUGUGGUAAAGGAGGAGAUUUGAAUAAAUGUGAAUUCGUAUCGGUCGAUCAGUAUAUUGGAAUUGACAUAUCAGAUGCAUCCAUAAAAGAAGCAUUUUCGAGAUAUUCAAGAAAUAAGGCUCGCUUUAUUCCUCAAACAGCGCAAAGUAAAAAGGAAAGAGACACUAGAAGAUACAAUUUUGAAGCAUGCUUUGCCACUGGUGACUGUUUUAGUAGUAGCAUACCUGAAAUUUUAGAACCAAAUUUUCCUGGUAUAAUAGAUGGCUUGUUUCCUGUAGAUUGUGUUUCAUUACAAUUUGCAAUGCAUUAUGCAUUUGAAACAGAAGAGAAAGUACACCAACUAUUGACGAAUAUAACUAAGUCGUUAAGGGCUGGUGGAACCCUUAUUGGUACUAUCCCAUCAUCAGACUUUAUUAAAGAUAAAAUAGUAAAUCGGGCUUUUAUCGAUGAAGAAAAUAGAAAAUUUGGCAAUGAUUUGUAUUCUGUGACUUUCCAUAAAGAUCCUCCAAGUGAAGGAGUUUUCAGGCCACCGUUUGGUAAUGGAUACAAUUAUAGCUUAAAAGAUGCCAUCGACGAUGUUCCUGAAUAUGUCGUUCCUUUUGAAGUAUUCCGUGGCUUAUGUGAAGAAUACGGCUUGGUCUUAAAAUAUAAGAAAAAUUUUAUUGACAUUUUUAACCAAGAGAUACCGAAAUAUUUCUCCAAAUUGAAUAAAAAUUUAAUUGAAGGAAUGAAGAGAUCAGAUGGAAAAUAUGGAGCUGAAGGACUUGAAAAGGAGGCUGUAGGUUUCUAUAUUGGUUUUGUAUUUGAAAAACUUGGUAAUUGA